CCUCCGUGUGUCACAGCGACUCCAACUCCGAACAAAACACAGUUUACACGCGAGCGCCCACUGCGUGGAUAUCAUGCUGUCACAUGAAACCGCUUCAUUUGUGAGCGAUAAGCAGUCGAGGCGCCUCUCCCGUUCAACGUUUGGCUGCUGCACUUUCCUCUGAUCCUCCCAAAGGUGAGACUCGGGAUUCAGGUGGAAAAAACAGGAAUGUUUCUUCCGCUUCGGAGGAGUGUGAACAGCGAACGGAAGCCGCAGCGGUCUUUGUAGUCUGUCAGCGAGGUCUCGUACUCCCACCUCCACUGCUACUGCUCGUGCCUCAUUGAACGCCACACGACUCAGCUCUGCUACUGGCUUUGGUUUCACUUCAACUGCAGGAAAAGUAAUUGAGGCAAAAGAGCGCCUUCUGUCAUCAGAACUGCAGGAGGACUCCGACUGCAUGCGUCAGAACUCUUAUUGACUCCUCUCCGAUUUCUUUCCCCCCCCUCCUUCCACUACUCCUCAAGGGCCCACAUUAUUUUAUAUCCAUAACCUUCAAACAUUCAGAAUUGUUAGCUGUGCAGCCACAGGUGCAGCUGGUCGUUGCUCCUCCUUGGAAAAAGCUCUCACUGUCGUCAGCUGACUGGCCCCCGACUGGUGCUCCUUCAGUGGGGGGAAAGAGGGGAAGCAAGGCCGCCGAGCACUGUGCCGCUUUCCCCGGAGAUGAAGCUGCAGGCCGUCAUGGAGAACCUGCACAGGCAGCAGAGGGCCAAGCUGCUGAUGGAGCAGCAGCUGCAGCAGCAAAGCGCCGCCCAACACCUCCAGGUCCGCACGGGGGACGAACCGAUGGGGAGCCCCGUGCCUGAAUCGGAGCAGGCCCAGAUAGCAGCGCUGGCGGCCAUGCGGGCCGCAGCAGCGGGGCUGCAGAGGGUUUCGGACAGCCCCAUGUCGGAGCGUAGCAGUGGUGGCGAGGAGGAACACGAAGACGACAACGAUGACGGGGAGGAGCAAUACAAAGACAUGAUGGGGUCGGAUGAGGAGGAGCAAAUCAAGCGGAAAUGGGAUGAAGAAGACUUUGAAGGCGAGAUGGAGGAAGACUUUGACGACGACCUGCCAGAGGAAGGUCUGCCCACAGGCCACGAUGCCGUGGCCCCUGGGAAGGGAAUCCUCCUGCUGCCUCACCGCCAGCUCCACCCCCAUUCCCAGCUGUUGAAGGUCCGUCCGAGUGUGGAGCAGGAGCCGCGUGUCGCCAUCAUGCCCCCCCACGCCACACACGGCCAUCUAGGUGGGCAGGACCACGGAGAAUGGACCUAUGAGGAGCAGUUCAGACAGCUGUACGAACUGGACGGCGACCCCAAGAGAAAAGAGUUUCUUGACGACCUCUUCAGCUUCAUGCAAAAAAGAGGAACUCCUGUGAAUCGUAUUCCCAUCAUGGCCAAACAGGUCCUGGACCUGUACAUGCUCUACAAGCUGGUGACGGAGAAGGGCGGCCUGGUGGAAGUCAUCAACAAGAAACUGUGGAGGGAGAUCACCAAGGGACUCAACCUGCCUACCUCAAUCACCAGUGCAGCCUUCACCCUCCGCACACAAUACAUGAAGUACCUGUAUCCAUAUGAAUGCGAUAAGAGAGGUCUGAGCAACCCCAACGAGCUUCAGGCAGCCAUUGACAGUAACCGGCGAGAGGGCCGGCGACAGAGCUUCGGCAGCUCCCUGUUCACAUACUCACCCAACGGGACUCCCACCAUGCUGUCCUCACCCAAGGUGCACACACCUAGCAUGGGCCUGACGGUAGCCACCAACGGGGCCUCGCUAACCCCCAUCCAGAAGAUCAAGAAAGAAGAGGGAGGCCAACCCCAUCCAGGAGUCGGCAUGGCUCGUCUUCCAGCGGCAGCUUUGGCGGGUCACUCAGUGGCUGCUGUUCAGGCGGCGGCUGCCCAGGCUGCCAUGGCGGCUCAGGUAGCAGCGCUGGAGCAGCUGAGGGACAAACUGGAGGCCGGCGAGCCUCCGGAGAAGAAGAUGGCGCUGCCGGCCGAGGAGCAACACAGACUGUUGCAGAGAGCUCUGCAACACAACCUGCUGGCCAUGACCGCUCAGUUACCGAUGAACAUCCGCAUCAGCAAUCAAGAUGGCAGGCAAGACUCGGCUCUGAACCUCACCACCAACGGCACAAACAGUAUCAGUAUGUCAGUGGAGCUCAAUGGAGUAGUGUACACUGGCGUUCUUUUUGCCCAGGCAGCAGCAGGCUCGGCCUCAUCCGGUGUGUCUGCGUCGUCCCUGCCCAACAAGCCCGUCAGCAGUCGUGUUGCUCCGCAGCAGCAGCAGCAGCAGCAGCAGCAGCAGAUCACACCUACCUCAACCUCCAGCAACCUUUUGUCUUAAUAAACUCAUAGCCUUUCCAUUUUUUUUUAAUACCACGCUAAGAAAAGCCAAAAAGCAACCUCAUUUUUCUACAUCACGUAUGCCAAAAAAGAGAAGAACCAUCAUCAUAGAAAGACAAACUGAAAUUCAGCUCACUUGAAGUACACUAUUCUCAGGUUUUCUCUCACAAACUCACCUCUUUUGUUCUUCAUCGCCAAAAGGAUUUUGAAAACAAAUACCCCAACUGAGAGCCAGUAUAUGCUUAACUAAUACGUAUGCACAACCUGUGAAUUAUUUAUUUCUGCAUAAUUGUACAGAUUAUCGGAGAACAACAGAGAAGGUAAUAACUAGGAAGGCUGAAGCAUUGUUUACACACACAAACACAGCUACUGACUGACAAUGAUGUUUUAUUUUUUUCCUUUAGGAGAGAUUUUUAUUUUAACGUUUCAUUGUCAUUAUCAUUAUUGUUAUUCUCUUUAUUGUGUUUUAAUGAUUAAUUCUUUAACUAUCCUCUCGUUGCAGGAAGAAUAUAUAUUUAGAAUUCUAUUAAAAAAAGAGAGAAGUGUGAAUAUCCUCUAUUUGUAAUCAGAAAAGCUUUAAAGGUAUGUGUUUGUUCUUCAGGGCAUAUAACAACGUACGGUUGUGACCUCAUUUUGUGUAAAACCAGAUAACCUUAUUCACAUGGCAGCCAUUUUGGAUCCCGGCGUGGGAGAACAAAUCUUGCACAGGUCUGCGCUCUGGUUGUGUAAUGAGAUAUGCGUCGUAUCAGUGGCAUUGGGUCUCCUGUGAAUCCGAAGGAUCUGCAGAGGGGCUUUAAUCACCUAUAGUACAUUAGGUGCAUUAUUGAUCCCGCGCAGACUUAAAUUGGUAGGCUUCUACACAUAGCUGUUUAAUUUGUUGUGUUUGUUCUUCCAGACAGGUGGCUAAUUUAAAUCUGAAAUCCACUCCUGUUUGUUGACAUAAGGCCAGUUCAAGACAUAUCUAUGCCAAUUUCAGCGGUAGAUUGUCAAGAUUAGUGUUCACAAUGGCUUUCUGUAGGAGUAAGGUCACUUGUGCUGGUAGUAAAAUGAGCUAAAUACACUGUUUAGGGUUCUUACUAAUGAGUAUAACACAAGUUUUCAUGGUUGUUCUCAGGUUUCUUCUUCGCUUUGUAGAAUUGCCUGCCGUCUUCUGUUACACUGGGCAGAGCAUUGCAUUUUCCAAAUCAUUCUCUGUGGAAAGAUCAGUUUUUCUUCUCUCUGACCUGGUCUUAUCGUUAGAUCAGAUGCAUGCAUGAAUUUGUGGAUAAAAGCUCUUCAAUCAGAAAUGUAGUGAUUUCCUGUAUUAAAUUCACAGGAGUUGAGUGUCCACUAAAUCUUUUACUGUGGAGAUGCUCACAUGGACAAUCAGGUGUCAGGAGAUACAAUCUUGGCCUCAGAAGAAAGCCGACAGGUAUUUCAGCUCGAGUCUUUACUUUUUUUUUUUUUUGUAUAAUAGAUUACAGAUGCUUUUAAUUUUUUUUGUGCAGCUUCGUGUUUUUGCAUGAUGUAGUGCUUCUUCUGAUCCAAGUGCUUCUUAUCUCGUCCUGUGACGUGGACUGGGUCUCCUCAAGACCAGUGCGUCACCCCAUUAAAGAUCUAGCAAAGAAUGUGUUGUAAUCCCGGGACGCUGCAGCUGUGGCUCAGUUGGGCCUUUAAAUAAUGAGCUGAGCGGUAACCGUAGCUGUGGCCGUGUUUGCUCGUGUCUUUGUGUUUGUGCAAGCUCUCCAGUUUGAUUUAUGGCAGAGGAGACACCACGUCACUUCAUAAGUAGCUGUGUCUCUGCAUUUUGAAGUAGAUCAAUCAUUGAGCUUUUUGAACUUUAACCUGUGUUACCCCUCUGGACUUUUGCCUGUUAAAGAUUGUUACUACCCCCCCCCCCCC